AUGGAAAAGAAGAAGAAUGUAAUGUUGUUAUUGCUUCUAAUACAAUCAUUUGUGGCUUGCUUGGCUGUGUCCUCAACCAGCUUCACAGAUGAGGAGGCACUUCUAGCCUUGAAAGCUCAUAUUACGUUUGAUCCUAGCAACGUUUUGGCGACAAAUUGGUCACAAGGUACCUCCUUUUGCAAUUGGAUUGGUGUAUCUUGCAGCCGCAGUCGCCAAAGAGUGACAGCCUUGAAUCUUCCCAAUAUGGGCCUUAGAGGUACCAUCCCCAAAGAAGUUGGCAACCUCUCAUUCCUAAGCUUCCUCGACAUCAGUGAGAACAGCUUUCAUGGCCAUCUCCCUGAUGAACUUGGUGGACAAAUGCCUCAGGAAAUAGGCAAUUUAUCGAAGCUCCAGUUGUUACAUCCUCGUGGUAACAGCCUCACAGGUACAAUUUCACCUUCACUUGGUGAAUUACCUGAUACAAUCUUCAACAUCUCUUCACUUGUGAUUCUUGAUCUCUCCAACAAUUCAAUCUCUGGUGGUCCGCCCAAGGGUCUAUGUCGCCGAAAUCCAAGGCUUGAAGUCAUUAGCCUUUCUCAGAACCAACUCACUGGCAAUAUCUCUUCUGGUCUGUCCAAUUGUAAGGCACUUAAAGUACUCUCUCUAUCGUUUAAUAGUUUCACUGGCAUGCCAAUUGACAUUGGUAACUUGUCUACGCUUCAACUUUUAUAUCUUGGUGAAAACAACUUGAAAGGUGAUAUUCCACCUUCAAUUGGUAAUAUGUCCAUGUUAGAGGUGAUUGAUUUGGUUGGAAACAAUUUUCAUGGUAUUAUUCCUUGGCAAUUGGGGCAUAUCUCGAAUUUGAGAAGGUUAAGCCUUGGUUCUAACAAUCCUAUGGGUGAAAUACCAUGGUCACUCUUCAACAUUACUGUAAUACAAAACCUUACCCUCGAAAAUAAUCACCUUUCAGGAACUCUUCCACCAAGUGCUGGCCUUUGGCUUCCAAAUCUUCGUAUUCUUUAUCUCGCUAACAACAAAGUCAGUGGAAGAAUUCCCAACUCAAUUGCAAAUGCAUCCCAACUAAUUGUAAUGGAUCUGUCCAGGAACUCGUUUAUUGGUAGCAUGCCCACAACUCUCGGGAAUUUUGGCCACCUCCAAUAUCUCAAUUAA